CCGUAACUACAGCACUAUACAUCAGAAGCGUGGUUCACGGUGCUCAUGUUUGGCAGCAGUGACCAGGCAGCAUACUUCAAGUGUUGAGUGUCUAUCAGCCUGCAGCAGCUCAGUCUCACUCUCAGAAAGUCUCUCUAUGGGUGAAGCGUUUUCUUUGACGACGUAAUCUCAGCCUGUCACAGGCGGUGCAUCCGAAGGCCUUCACCCCCCCAGUUCCUCCACAUCUGUCCUCAACAUGGGGGAGGUAGUGCAGAUGCACUUCACCACGGUGGACUACGUCAUUUUCGCCUUGCUGCUGGUGGCCUCAGCUGGCAUCGGCCUCUUUUAUGCCUUCUCUGGGGGCCGCCAGCGCACAACACAGGAGUUCCUGCUGGCUGACCGCUCAAUGAGCUGCCUGCCUGUGUCUCUCUCCCUGCUGGCCACGUUUCAGUCAGCUGUGGCCAUCCUGGGUGCUCCGUCUGAGGUGUACACCUUUGGGACGCAGUACUGGUUCCUGGGAUGCUCCUAUUUCCUGGGUCUUCUCAUCCCAGCUCAUGUAUUCAUACCAGUCUUCUACAGACUGCAACUGUCCAGUGCCUAUGAGUAUCUGGAACUGCGAUUUAACAAGACGGUUCGCAUAUGUGGGACUGUGACCUUCAUCUUUCAGAUGGUCAUUUAUAUGGGAGUUGUCCUGUAUGCUCCAGCACUGGCACUUAAUGCAGUGACAGGAUUUGACCUAUGGGGGGCGGUGCUGGCUAUGGGAUUGGUGUGCACUCUAUACACUGCUUUGGGGGGGCUGAAAGCAGUGAUCUGGACCGACGUGUUCCAGACCGUGGUCAUGUUUGCAGGCCAGCUGGCAGUCAUCGUGGUGGGGGCUGGUCAGGCAGGGGGAAUAGCAGAGGUCUGGAGGAAAGCCAUCAACGGUAGCCGUGUUGCUGAACUAGACCUGAACCCCAACCCUCUGGAGCGCCACACUUUCUGGACUCUGGGUGUUGGGGGAGUCUUUCUGAUGCUGGCUCUGUAUGGCGUCAACCAAGCCCAGGUCCAGAGAUACCUCAGUUCCCGCACAGAGAAAGAAGCUGUCAUGUCCUGCUAUGUAGUGUUUCCAUGCCAGCAGAUCGUCCUGUGUUUAGGGUGUCUCAUGGGUCUGGUCAUGUUUGCUCGCUAUGGUGAAGAAAGCCCUCUGGACAAGGGCUACGUCAAAACUAAUGAUCAGAUGGUGCUGUACUUUGUGAUGGAUGUGUUCAGAGAUCUGCCUGGGCUUCCGGGGCUGUUUGUGGCCUGUCUCUUCAGUGGAGCGCUCAGCACCAUCUCAUCAGCCUUUAAUUCCUUAGCAACAGUAACUAUGGAGGACCUGAUUAAACCUCAUUUUCCAAACAUGACUGAAGCCAAGGCCACGCUGCUGUCCAAAGGACUCGCCUUGGGUUAUGGUCUCGUGUGUCUGGCUAUGGCCUACAUUGCUUCUAUAAUGGGAUCUGUGCUGCAGGCAGCCUUCAGUAUCUUUGGGAUGGUGGGCGGACCCCUGCUGGGACUCUUCUGCUUGGGAAUGUUCUUCCCCUGGGCAAACCCCACUGGUGCGGUGGUUGGGUUGGUAGCGGGCCUCGCCAUGGCCUUCUGGAUUGGCAUCGGCAGCUUUGUGAUGCGCAUGUCUGUUUCCAUGCCAGUAACCCCACUCAACACCACUGCUCUGCCACUGUUUGAUAACAUGACUGCCGCUGUCACGACCACACUGGCCCCCACAGCCAAGCCAGGGCCGACAGGUGUGGAGGCUCUCUACUCACUGUCCUACAUGUGGUACAGCGCUCACAACUCAGCCACUGUGGUGGUGGUAGGACUGUUGGUCAGCCUGCUAACAGGGCCUAUGAAGGAGAAGGAGCUGACCCCGGGCACAGUUUACCCCGUCCUGGGCACGCUGCUCUUCUUUCUGCCCGACCGCUAUAGAGAGAAACUUUGCUGUAUCACUCCUCUGGCUCAAAAGCCCAAACAAAUCAAGACACAACCUUAUCAAAAGGCCAAGAAAGACAGCAACGGAGCAGCCUACUCCAAAGAAGACACCAUCACAGAGGAGGAGAUGGAGAGCGACAGAGCCCAGACAGAGGAGGAAGACGCCGAAGUGAGGACGGCUCGGCCCUCGUGCCAGCUGAUGGCUCACACGGUUCAGGAGACAGCCUUGUGAUCCUGUUUUUACUUUGUAAUGCAGACAUACACUCUCAGCUCAGUCCAGUCUCUCUUGGUGAGAAAUGCAACAGAAAAAAAAGAUCAUAGAUAUGAUUCUGUGGCACUAAGUUUGGGUGUUGCUGCUCACAAUUAUUUUUCUCAAACAACUUGAAAUCAGCUUCUGCCAGGCUGGAACUGAGCUUUGGAAGCACAAGCAAAAGAAAUUCAUUGGUUAUUCUUCAUUUUUCACACUGUAGGCACAAAAAGGCUUUUUAACCUGUUCACACAUGUUCAGUCUGAAGGAAUAGACGGGGUAGCUUUCAUGUUACUGUUUGACAAAAAGUCCAGAAUCAGUUAAUUAAUCGAUACGGGAUUUAAAAAGUGUUAUUUUUGUAGAGAAGGUGGAAGCACAAAUCCCAGAAUAUGUCCAAGAGAAUAUAUUAAGACAGACUGAGCCCUUAUAGAGGGCAUGACAGGUUUGUGCUGCUGUGAUAUUGUAGUGUCUUUACAGGACCGUGGUCUGAAUAGUCACCUUCUAGCUGCUAAUACAGAUGUCUAAAUAGAGGUCCACUACAGCAAAGCUGUGUGUUCAGAUGAGGGCAGAGAUGGCUUCUCCUGCUGGAGCUCAUGAAUCCCUAACUGCCAUCCUAGUGUUCCUACAGCAGGACAAAAUAACCCGCUCGAUUGUAUAUAAAAGCAUGAUAUUAUCCAUAAAUGCGUCUAAUGUCUACAGUAACACUCCACUUAUGUGCCAAUUUCAAAUCCCAGGCAGUAAAUGCACUGAAUGGUAAAUGUAGUGACUUCGGACAGUAGUCGUCGUGCUCUGUUGUAUUGGAUGUACAAACAGACCCAACUUCCUGCUCUGUUGGAGCUACUUGAAGAGAUGGUGAGGUGCUGCUUAAUAUUAACAGUAGAUGGGAAUGUAUAUGGAAUUGAAAGUGGUGCACAGACAACAUAUGAAAUGGAGAAAUUUACUUUUUUUUGUUUGAAAAUUUGCUCAUUUUGAAUUUGAUGCCACCAACCAACUUGUAACAAAAGGCUGGAGAAGCUCUAUGCCUAAAAAAACACACACACACACCUAGCAGAAUAUCCCACAAUUACUAAGGUUAAUUAGUAUCGUGAUUGGGAAAUCUGGCCCUCAGGUGGUGCUGCAGUAAAAACACAGUCCUGUUAGGGAAUGGAAAUCAGCUGUCAUUGCUGCAUCCA